AUGCCCGCCCGGCAGAAGAAAAUGCUCUUCUGCAUCGCCGGGGUGCUGAGCUUGGCGUGCGCGCUGGGCACCGCGGCGGCCGUCGGCACGCAGCUCUGGGUCCAGGGCACGGUCCUCUGCAAGACCGGAGCUCUGCUCGUCAACGCCACCGGGCAGGAGCUGGACAAGUUCAUCGGCAAAAUCCAGUACGGGCUUUUCUACGGCGAGCGUGUGAGGCAGUGCGGGCUCGGCGGCAGACCUCUGCACUUCUCAUUUUUUCCAGACUUGCUCAAAAUUAUCCCUGCAAGUAUCCACGUCAGUGUCAUUCUCUUCUGUACAGUGCUGAUCAUCUUUGCUCUGGUGGGAGCAGGUUUCUUCAUGUUCAAUGCUUUUGGAAGCCCCUACGAAACGCUGCAUGGCCCCAUUGGGUUGUACCUCUGGAGCUUCAUCGCUUAUACUGCCGAGAUGACGAGCAUCUCCCUCUCCUUUCCAGGCUCCUGCGGCUGCCUCAUCAUGAUUCUCUUCUCUUCAGAAGUGAAAAUCCACCACCUUUCUGAGAAAAUUGCUAAUUUCAAAGAGAGGAGUUUCAUAUUCAAGACCCACAGUGAACAGUUUGCCGACUCAUUCUGGACCAUCCUGGUUUGCUCCCUGGUGCACUUCCUGAAUGCCUUGCUGAUACGAUUCGCUGGAUUUGAAUUUCCCUUUUCAAAACCAAAAGAUUCAGGGACAAUCACUGGAGCAGUUGACCUGAUGUAUUAG